AUGACGACUUACGACACGAUUCCGACGUCUUUAUCGUUUGUGCCAGCCACUAAGGGUUUGACAAUUGAGUACCUAAUACAUGCCAAGGAAGGUCUUGGCACGUGUUGCUCAUGGCAACAAAUGCUCAACUUCCACAAUUGUUCUUCUCUCCCUUCUGUGGCACCCAAUUUUCCUCAUCGUAUUGGUGGUGAUAACAGCUGCCUGACUUUACUUAUAUUCCUCCGCGACAAGCCGAUUAUGAUCUUCGACAGAAUGAUUAGUGAUGAAAAUGUUUUGAUUGGUUUAUCGAUUAUUACAAUCGUUCUUUUACUGUUGAUUGGUGCCACUACAAAUGUUUUAUCCUCGUUGUUGGUCAGUGUAGUGUUGAUUCUGAUUCAAGCCUUUGUGAGGAAAACCAAUGAUCUAUGCAUCGAUCCGGAGGCUGCCGGAGGUUUAUUGUGGCCUCCAGCCUCCAGGUAG